AUGGAAUUUAAAAUGCAUGACUGUUAUCAUGAGUUGGAUGCUGGAGUGACCUGUUCAGGACAUGUUGAGCUCCAGCUGGUUGGAGGGGACAGUGCCUGCUCAGGACGUGUGGAAGUAAGACAUAGAGACACCUGGGCUACAAUCUGUGAUGCACACUUUGAUCUCAAAGCUGCCAGUGUUAUCUGUAAAGGACUACAGUGUGGAACAGCUGUAUCUAUCCCAGGAGGAGCUCAAUUCGGAAAAGGACAAGGACCAAUCUGGACUGAGGAAUUCCAGUGUGUAGGGAAUGAGUCAUACCACGUGUACUGUCCCAGGAUAUCAUACGGGAAUCAGACGUGCUCACAUGCAAAUGAUGCCAGUGCCAUAUGCUCACGGCACACAGGUUUCCGGCUGGUGAAUGGCAGCACACUGUGCUCAGGAAGGGUGGAGAUCCAGGUUCUUGGUGACUGGGGAACCCUCUGUGACUCACGCUGGGAUUUACCAGAUGCCAACGUUCUCUGUCAUCAGCUCAACUGUGGAUUGGCUGUAUCAGCUCCAGGGGAAGCAUAUUUUGGAAAGGGAAUUGGCUCUGUCUGGACAGACACAUUUCACUGUAAUGGGCAUGAGCCUCAUUUAUGGCAUUGCCCUGUUACUGCCCUGGGGGCCUCUAAGUGCUCACACGACAAUGAUGCCAGUGUGAUUUGCUCAGGUCGUUCAGAAUCGCUCAGACUGAUGAAUGGAGAGAGCCGAUGCGAUGGGAGAGUUGAGAUUUCCCUCCAUGGUGUGUGGAGCAGAGUGCUGGAUGAUCAGUGGGACAUGAAUGAUGCCACCGUGGUGUGCAGGCAGCUCGAGUGCGGAGUCGCUGAGAAAGCUUAUAACCUCCCUAAGACUGAGCAAGGAACAGGCCCCGUGGGGCUGAGAAGGGUCCAGUGUGCAGGAAACGAGAGUAAUCUGACACUCUGCAUCAUCUCCACGUCUGAGACAGAGCAGCCAGGAAUUGCUGAGGAUGUCGGCGUCGUUUGCUCAGGGAGCAGGCGGAUCAGACUGGUGAAUGGGGCAGGUCGCUGUGCCGGGAGAGUGGAGAUUUAUUACAAUGGCAGCUGGGGGACAGUCUGUGAUGAUUCCUGGGAUCUGUCAGACUCCAAUGUCAUUUGCAAGCAACUGGGAUGUGGACACGCCAUCAAUGCAACUGUCUCUGCUCAUUAUGGGCAAGGAUCUGGGCAGAUCUGGCUGGAUGAUGUGAACUGCUCUGGGAACGAAUCCAAUCUCUGGGACUGUCCUUCCAGAGGCUGGGGCCAGCACAACUGCAGACACAAAGAGGAUGCAGGAGUUCUCUGCUCAGAAUUCACGGAUCUGAGACUGGUGAGUGGCAGUGACUGUGCUGGGCGACUGGAGGUUUUCUACAAUGGGAUUUGGGGCAGUGUUUGCAACAGUCCUAUGGAUGCCGUCACCAUGGCACUUAUAUGCAAACACUUGGACUGUGGAGACAGAGGGACACUUUUGACAGAGUUAAAACAUGGAAGCGGCUCUGGCCCUACCUGGGUGGAUGGUGUUCGGUGUGAUAAGCAGCACAUCUCCCUUUGGCAAUGCCCAUCAGACCCUUGGAAACAACAAUCGUGUAGCAGAGGAGAAGAAACCCAUAUUGCUUGUGAAGGAAGGAAAGGGAAACCUACCAAAUGCCCGAACUCUACAAGCUGUACAGACCAGGAGAAGUUACGUGUCGUGGGAGGAGAGGACAGAUGCUUGGGCAGAGUGGAGGUUUGGUACCGUGGCUCCUGGGGAACAGUUUGUGGUGACUCCUGGGACAUGGCAGAUGCUAAUGUUGUGUGUAAACAACUGGGCUGUGGAACUGCUGUAUCUGCCCUGGGCGAGGCUGCAUUCGGUGAGGGGACUGGUCCCAUCUGGGUAGAGAAGGUGAACUGCAGAGGGACAGAGUCAUCUCUCUGGGACUGUUGUUCCAAGUCCUGGGGUGAGAGUAACUGUGACCAUAAGGAAGAUGCUGCUGUGAAUUGUUCAGGUGUGACACAGACAACAGAUUCACCAAAUAUCCCAGCUCCCCCUCGCCGUCCUCUGUCCUCUGACAGUGGGAGAGUCACGGUGCCCGUGGUCGUCUGCAUUAUCCUGGGGGCCCUGCUCUGCCUGGUCCUAAUCAUCCUGGGGGCGCAGGUGCGAAGUGCCAGGGCACAGCGCAGAGGCUCCAGAAGACCCUUGGAUCCCUUCUCUGAGGCCGUGUACGAGGAGAUUGACUAUAACCUGAUGAGAGAGAAGCAGGAGAUAAACCACAGCAUCUCCUAUUCAGAUGACUCAGUGACGAAGCUGCAGUAUUACACCGGGGACAGCGAGGGGGAAAACGAUCCUGGAUCAGAACAAGAUGGAGUUUCCCCAGAGGGGUCUCAGCUGGAUUACGAUAAUGUGGAAGAGCCUGCCCUGAACGACGUCCCCCAGACUCCAGACGGCCGAGAUGCCUCUGCCCUGCCUGGAGAUGUCACAGGGGACGGUUAUGAUGAUGCCAGAGAAGUGUCUGACCCUGAAGGUGACCCUGCUUUGGGGCAGAAUGAUGAGGAAGGCACUGGGGUGAAUGACAGGAACAGAGAUUCACAGACAGGUGGGAGUCGGCACUCGCUAAGGAGUGAAGUUGUCUCUGAGAUGGACAGGGAAACCCAGUUCCCGCUUCCUGGAGACACAGGUUAUGAUGAUGUGGAACAUGUCUCCUAUUCAGAUGGCUCAGUGGCGAAGCUGCAGUAUUACACCGGGGACAGUGAGGGGGAAAAUGAUCCUGGAUCAGAACAAGAGGGAGUUUCCCUGAGAGGGUCUCAGCUGGAUUACGAUAACGUGGAGGAACCUGCCUUGAAUGACGUCCCCCAGACUCCAGACGAUGCCCCUGCCCUGCCUGGAGAUGUCACAGGGAAUGGUUAUGAUGAUGCCAGAGAAGCGUCUGACCCUGAAGAUGACCCUGCUUUGGGGCAGAAUGAUGAGAGAGACACUGGGGCAAAUGACAAAGAUUCACAGACAGGUGGGAGUCGGCACUUGCUAAGGAGUGAAGUUGUCUCUGGAAUGGAGAAGGAAACCCCGUCCCUGCCUCCAGGAGACACAGGUUAUGACGAUGUGGGACAUGGUGACUCUGGGGGUUUAAUAUCAUGACAAUUUGAUUGGACAAAAUAAGCUUGUGAUGAUGUAAUUGCUUCGCCUCUUUCUCUUAGAAAUGAUGCCCAGAGACAGUCCCUUCCUAGU